AUGACGAAGCCCAUCUACCCAGCGGUGCGGAGUAACGGACUGUGCCAUUCGGAGAUCCGCGAUGAAAUCAAGUUGAUUGAGAAAGCUCUCCUUCGGUCACCAACGCAUGGUUUGACUCCACUUGGCAAGCAAGUCCUGAAGCCAACACUCGGAUGGGAUGCCGAAUUUGCAAAAUUACCUCAGCAGCCGGAUGACCUCUCUCCUAAAGAGCGUGAAGAGCGUUUCAUUCGCGACGAACAUGAAGAACUUGUCACUGUGAUGGUGAUAUUUGUCGGAGAACAAGCAUCGUUCAAAUGUUACAUCCUUGAGAUGUUGGAGAACCCAACCAAAGAUACAGUUCCAGAAUUAAGUGUCUCCUCUCCAUCGCUUUUGCAAGCGCUGUAUUCUGGAUCUCUCAACAUUGUUUGUCGAUCCUCCGGAAUCGCAGGUGCGCCACUCCGUCAUGGAUGGGGCGAGCCACCAUAUGGCUACAAUUACGAGAAGUUCUUACAGUGUGUCCGAGCUGGAGAUCGACUGCUUGAACUCCUCAAGCAGUUCAAAGAUGGGCCAAGGCGCUUCGGGGGAGAGGGUGCCUUCUAUUCCGUAGUUGGAGAUGCGGACAUGCAACACGAUGCAGUCAUCAUCGAAUAUCUCCUGGGAGACGUCCUGGAUUUAGUGAGAGCUCUCAUGGCGAUGCUUGCCACGGAUGACCGCCGCCUAACCACAAUACGUCUAAUGAAACAUCCCGAAAGAGACCCAGAACUCUCCAUGGAACUUCCAGGGAGACCGAGCCCAAGCAAAAAGCCUUUAGGUAGCGGACUCACAGCUUAUAAAGACCAUGUAAAACGCUUUCACGGCCGUCAGGAGGUUCAGAACGCCUACACUGCUUGCUCCCCGCACCAAGCAUGGGAAAUGGAGAGUUAUGGGCCUUACAACACAGCAGCACCUGGUGAUAGAAGCUGCGAGAGAGGCAUCUUCCCGUUUGUAUACACUGCGGAUUUGUCGUACGUAGACCACGAACUACGAAAUCAGGCUGGUGAUGAGGUCUUAUCAGAAGACAUGAAGGAACUUCUAUCAGCAGCGGACGACCAAGUGACAACAUCGUCUAUCUUCCGGAGCCCGACCUCGGCAGAGCAAGAGCUGAUCAACAACUCUCGAAACAAAAUCCGCCAUCGACUAUUCGACGUGUACCCGAUCGUUCGUGCUGGCAUGACACACGAAGAAUACCUAUUGGCCCUCCUACGGUCUGACAAAGCGGCCCAGGUGCCCCCACCGCAUGGAUUCGGAGCUCCGUUAGGAAGCAAAAAAGGCCUACCCCAUUUCUUCCACGACCUCCCGCGUGUACCGGGCGCCGAUCUCCCCUUCGCGCGCAACAUCUACGCCGAAUUCCCUCUCCCAGGUAUCUUCUCCGGCGACGCACUCGGAGCCCUAACGCCUGAAACUCAUCUCGAACCUCUCUCGAUAUUGAACACUCUUACAGAAGAAGAAGAAGUGCUAGCGAUUAUCCCUGGACUCGUUCCAGACCGCGAAGAAAAGACCAGUGCGGUGAAAGACAUUGAGGCCGAUGUGGAGAAGGAGAAGCGGAGGAGUGCGCAAGAGGGGCUGCCUGGAGACUUUGAUAUCCGAGACAUCUGGGAUCCGCACGGGAGGGAGUACGAAGCCCGCGUGUGUGCAGCCCCAGAAUGGAAUAAGCCGCCUGUUGCGUUGCAGCGGAGAAUGGCGAUCACCGACGGCAAUGGGAAGUGGAUCUCGGAGAGUACGCGACGCUUGGAUGCCCUCAAGAAGAUCAUCGUGCAGGUAGAGGUUGAGAUCUUGGAGCUGGAACUCCAGGGACUCAAGAUGUCAGAGGGGUGGGGAGUAUGAGUCGAUAUUCGCAUUCGCUUCUUUCUUUGUAUCAUUCAUUGUUACUAUUCCUUGGGAAUGGAUACUCUGACCCUUAUCGGAUAAUAUCCUACUUCUGGGAUAGACAGUAGAGGGUCUGGCUCCUAGAUGAAGAUUGGGUAGACGAGUUUACAUCAAUAUCAUCUUCAUUUUGUCCUCAGCCUCAGCCUCUUCAAUGCAACACAUCUAUUCGUGGCCAUGCUUUAUUUAACAUCCAAUCUAAAUCCCUC